AUGAAAAGUGUGACUCCAGUUGUCUCAUCCAAUACAAUUGAUGUUGUUGAGAAUACAAUUUCUCCUCAUAAAACAAAUAGAUUGAGUAAUAGAGAGAAGAGAAGCAUGAGCAAUAAAAUUAAAGAUCUUACAUAUGAUAAUUAAUUGUUUGAUAAAGUGGACAAUAAAAUUCGAGCCUAUUUGGAGAAGAAUUAAGUAAAUUAUGAAAAAACACUUGUAAAAUUGUAUAAAUUGGAUUCAUUGAAGAGUGAAAAAGCGAAACGAAUGUUGGGGGAACUUAAUCAGACAAAAAGAAAAUAACAAUUAAGUGCUGUUCAAUAAACAAAAUCAAUGUAUUUAAUAUUAUAAACAAUAAAGUGAAAGAAAUAAUAGUUUGCCAUCCUCAAAAUAAAUGUAGAUGGAUCUUAAAUAAAUAUAAUAAGAAUUAAAAAAGAUUAAUCCUGAAAUAGAACAUAAAAUACUAAUGAAUAUAUCCACAUUUAAAUUUAAUCAAUCAAAUUGUGCUCGUCUUGAAGAAGAGGAGUGGGAACGAGUUGCAUUAUACUAUCCUUAUAAGAUUAGACCAAAAAUGACAAAUUUUGAAUAAGAAUUAGAUCGUUUAAACAGUUACUAUUCUAGAAAUGAAAAUUCAUUAAAUUAACUAAUGUAAAUAUAAAAAGAUCUUCUCCACUAUAAAUUGCUUUAAUAAUAGUGA